UCCCUCUUUGCCCUUGUUGGAAACCCGAACUGAAUGACCUUGCUUGGAUCGCCUUCGCCUCCCUCCUCGGAGACCGCCACCGACGACGCUUCUUCAAGCUCUUUCUCUCGCAAGAAAACGGGCGCCCAAUUUUCCGAUAUCGGGAAUGAUGAUUAACUAGUAACAAAAAGAAGAAGAAGAGAGAAAUAAAAGAUUCGAAAGAGUAAGGGGGACAUGAGGUCUUCUUCCCGAAGGAUCAACAUCGCCGCUAGCACUCAGAAGCUCGAUGUCGACGAUCGAAUCUCUUACCGGUUCUAUUGUCGGAUUGCCGAUAACAUCCUCAAACAGGCUGACAUAUUCCGAAAAGAGGGGAAUAUUAUUGAUUUGUACAUCAUGCUUCUGAGGUUUUCAAGUUUGGUCUCUGAGACGAUACCAUGCCAUCGAGAAUAUCAAGCAUCCCCACAAAGAAAUAGAAUUUAUCUGAAGAAGAAAUUACUGAAUGCGUUAAAUGAACUGGAGAAGUUGAAGCCAGAAGUGCAAAAGAAGGUUGAUGAGUUAAACAGGAAACAUAUAUAUCAGGCAAAUGGAUGGGGUCACCUUCCUGAAAGAAGAACAAUUGAUUCAUCAUUGGAGUGGCCUCCUAUCAGAAACCAAAGUAUGACCAAUUAUAGCACCACAAAGAUGCCAAAUGCUGCUGCUCGAGGUUCAAGGAGUCAGCAGUAUUUGCUCGCCAAGCCAGUAGAAGAGCAAUUUCAGAGACUAUCACUGACCGUUCCCCGUCCAAGGGAGGAAACAUUAUUGAGACAUUCUAUUUUAGGUCCAAAUGGACUUCACGGACAGUGGCAACCUCCUAGUAGUGGUAAAAGGGUCCAAUAUCCAAGCAAUAUAGACUUUUCUCCAGUUGAAGUCCUGAGGGAAAAUGGUCCAGAUCAAACUCCAGAAAAUAGAGUCUUGAUUACAAAUGCUCCUAGUAAUGUGGAGCAUGAAGGACAGUGUUCAGGACCAGCCCUUCCUUUAGAUAAUGAUGGGCAUCAUCCUGAGGAACCUUCUUCCUUGAUUUCCUUUGAAGCUAUGGAAGCUCCUCUGCAAACACAAAUUGUCAGACAGCCUUCUCCCCCUCCUGUAUUAGCAGAUGUACAAGAUUUGAUUCCUGAGUCAUCUCCAGUUACUGAGGCAGGAUGUAUAGUGGAGGAACCCUUCCCUAAUGGUUUAAUUUCUUCGGAGUCUCCAUUACAAUUGCACAUUUCUACAGCAUUGAUGGAUAGCUUCAUGAAACUGGCCAAGUCAAAUACAGACAAGAAUUUAGAAACUUGUGGUGUUCUUGCAGGUUCACUUAAAAACCGAAAAUUUUAUGUUACAGCGCUUAUCAUUCCAAAACAAGAAUCGACCUCAGAUUCAUGUCAGACCACAAAUGAAGAGGAAAUAUUUGAAGUGCAGGAUAAACAAUCUCUUUUUCCGCUAGGGUGGAUUCAUACUCAUCCUACGCAGUCUUGUUUCAUGUCAUCCAUUGAUCUCCACACACAUUACUCGUAUCAGAUCAUGUUGCCAGAAGCUAUUGCAAUUGUAAUGGCACCAAAAGAUUGCUCAAGAAGCCAUGGCAUUUUCCGGCUAACUACUCCGGGUGGCAUGACAGUGAUAAGACAAUGUCCACGGCGUGGCUUUCAUCCGCACGACCAGCCUUCGGAUGGGGGCCCCAUUUACAAGCAAUGUACAGAUGUUUAUAUGAAUCCCGACGUAAAGUUCGAAGUUAUGGAUCUGCGAUGAUUACAAUCAAGCAUAGGUUUGGGUUCCAAUCAUCACUCACACCUUGCAAUUUAAUUGUGAUUGGUCUUUGACAUAUAUCAGAGUGCUUGUCUGUAAAGGGGGGAACUUUGCUAGCUAGGUUUAAAGAAUCUGCUUGCAUUAACAAUUUCUUGAACUUUUUUAGCCUCUGUAUACUUGGUACGCUUUCCCUUGUCAAAACCUUGAUGAACCCUUGUGCUCCUCAUCCCAUUUAAACAAGUCGAAAUUGUUUGUAGUCUUCCUGUUUUAAACAUUUGUUGCUAUGAACAAACUCAUAAUUAGGUA